CAAAACGUGUUCACUAAUCCAUAUCCGAAACAUUUCUUUUCAAAGGCAGUGAAAUCGGAAAAAUCGACAAAAUCUACGAAAUCGUUUCGAAGUCCAUAUUUGAGGCUCAGAGAAGUACCGGAGCCCGAGAUCACAGCCAUCGAGACAUCGACUCACAUCUUACAGUGCGAGGCCGGCGGGUCUCCCACUCCUACCAUUCAUUGGCUCAAAAAUGGCCACAAAAUAAGUCAGGGAGAAAUGAGUUCAUUGAGUGACGACGACAUCGCGAAAGGCGAGCUGAGUCUGUCUCUGACCCGAUCUCGACUUUUCCUGGACUGCGUUCACCCGAAAGACGCGGCGGUCUAUACAUGUGUGGCCUCUUCGCCCACCAAUCGUGUCAGCGCUGAAUCGCACGUCAAAGUGGUUCCCAAUUUGAGAUCCAGUAAUGAAUUGUCUAAUGAAGCCGACAAUACUGUUGCCAAAUGUUUGGCAAAGAAAUCUUACGGUUCUGCCGCUCGGAUCCAUAUGUGGACACAUAAUAUACUGGAAAUGAUUGGUUCGGACGUUCAAUUGCUGUGUCGGGCGAGUGGAGUGCCGGCGCCGGCAAUGAGUUGGUUGGGUCCCGAAGACAAUACGCUUACGAAUAGCGCAAAGUAUAAGGUGUUAGAGAACGGAGAUCUCAUCAUAAGGGACCUGACGUGGGAUGAUAUGGGAAACUACAUGUGUGUGGCC